AUGGGCCCUAUCAGGGCUUCUACUAUCAACGCCCUUCGCAGUCAAUUGGCGACCGCGACACUUCAUACGCCCGACUCUUCAGGAUACAAAAAGAGUCUGAUUCGAUGGUCGGAUACUGGAAUGAAACAUGCGGGCGUCGUGGUUCAGCCAGUAGACCCCGUAGACAUUCGGGCGGCUUUGCUGUGGGCGCAAGAUCACGGAGUCGAAAUAGCCGUCAAGGGCGGGGGACACUCGACUGCCGGUACCAGUUCCAGUGAGGGUGGCUUGGUGAUUGAUCUUUCAGGCAUGAAUCAAACGAUUACUGCUCAGGGUGGCGCGACCUGGAAGGAAGUCGACGAAGCCGGGGCAGCUUCUGGACUUGUGACGGUAGGAGGAACCGUGAAUCACACCGGUGUCGGAGGUUUGACGCUGGGAGGCGGAUAUGGUUGGUUAAGUGGACAGUACGGGUUGACUAUCGACAACCUGCUCUCUGCUACGGUGGUCCUCGCCGAUGGCAAUGUUGUGACUGCAUCUGGACUGCAAGGCGCAGGAUACAAUUUUGGUGUCGUGGUGGACUUCACUUAUCGGGCAUAUGUCCAGAAAGAUCCCGUUUAUACGGGUCUACUGGGGUUUCCCGUCGAAAAGCUGGAGGUCGUGGUAGAGCAGCUGAAUGUCACUCUAGCAAAUCCCGAUCCACGCUCUGCAUCUUCGCCCCACGCACCUGAUGUCUCCGGCCCCAUCAUUAUUGUCAUCUGCUUCUAUAACGGGACUCGGGAAGAGGGACAGAAACGCUUUGCUGCUUUCACGGCUCUGGAUCCAGUUCUGAACACGCUUGAUAUGGUUCCUUACCCCGUGGUGAACACGCUACAAAAUGCCCAGGCGAUGUAUGGUGAUCGCAAAUCAUUCAAAGACGUGUUUUAUGAGCCUCCACUGGACCCAAAAUUUGUUCGGUCAAUUUUCAAUGACCUACUCAGCAAGAUCGAGGAAGAUUCCGACCUGGCAGCGUCUGCGAUCAUUCUCGAGUUCAUCGAUAUGCGAAAGAUCUGCGACGUCCCGUUGACUGACACAGCACUUUCCAGUCGCAAUUCCACUCAGAAUGGUAUCAUUUCUUACGAUCAAGAUCACCGGUCUUGGGCACGAGAGAUUCGGUCAAAAUGGAAGAUUGAACUGGAUGCGAGAGCUAAGGACGACUCGCAAGGUCAAAUUGUACCACAAUACAUUAACUAUGCCGAACCUGGAGACUCUGUGGUCCCAAAUAUCUAUGGAGCAAAUCUACCACGUCUGCAGACCGUCAAACUCAAAUACGAUCCGAAGAACGUGUUUCACAAGAUGCACCCUAUUCCACUCCCCACCAAUUGA